UGUGUCAUCCCCGGUUGUCCGGUCAAAUCAAAUGCCCCAACCAGAAGGCAAACUGUAGCAUAUAGACUCUCCAGAAGCAAUGGACCAUCAAAUGGGAAAUAAUAGGAAAAAAAUUCAAUCCAACGGUCAUCAGCAUCCAUACCCAUAGAUGAAAUGCAAGUUGGGUUCAACGGACUCGUCACUCCAUAGACCCCGCCGAGAAAAGUCUCUCCUUCCUCGGACCCUUUGCUGGGUCUGAGAGACUCUAUUCGGAUCCAUCCGACCGUCACUGACCUUUGGAAAAGUCUCAACGUCCUUAAACUCAAACCUCCAGAGGCCCCAACCAAACCAUCUCCAACCAGCAACCAGCAAACAUGGCCGAUCACGACCACAACCACCACCACCACCAGCACAGGCCUCACCGCCUCUCACUCCCUCAACGCCCCACCACCUUCGCCGCUACACCCACCGCUUUCCCCACCACACCCACCACGUCUAGACAAUACCCUGUUUACCCCUUCUCAUCGUCUUCAACCCCAAUCGCAACUCCGACCAAACAUCGCCUCUCUUCUCUCAACCCCAAACCAUUCAACCCCAACAACAACAGCAAGUCCUCUCUUUCAUUUCUCUUCUUCCUCCUUCUCUCUCUUCGCUCCCUCUAUUCCCUCCUUCCGUUUCUUCGCUCCUCCCCUUCUUUCUCUCUCUUCCCCUUCUCUUUCCUUGUCUCUCUUCUCUCUUUCCUGCUAACCCUCUCUUGCUCCCUCUUCACCUCCUCCUCCUCCUCUUCUUCCAAAGACCCGUUUCACCAAAAGCAAAACCAACCCAUCUUCUCUUUCACCCUGAUCACUCAAUCCCAGCACAGACUCUUGGUCGCCAAAUCGAUUCUUCUCGCCGUCGUCUUCUUGCUUCGUUUUCAGGCGCUUCGAUAUUGCGGCGCCGCCGCCAUGAUCCUCGCUGAAUUGUCCGGAAACGUUGCCGCACGGUUCCUGGCCGAGGGCCGGGACUCGAAUCUCGGUGGCGAUCGGAAUCGGUCCUCCAAGGUUCGUGGGUUCCUCGCUCUGUUUUCUGGGCUGCUUUUGUUAUCUUUGAGUUGGGAUCGGAUUGAAUGCUUCCCAUUUUCUGCUAAGUCGGUUGAAAGUUUGGGACUUUCGGUGUUUCCAAGAGUGGAUUGUGUUAGAAUUUGGCCAAUGUUGCUUCCAUUUCUAUCUGGGUUUUUGGGGUGUUACGAGCGUGUUUCGAUGAAUUGGGGGACAAUUAGGCAAUUAGGUCGGAAGAGGGUUCGUUUAAUUUCUUUGUUCUUUACAACUGUAGUGCUUUUCAUUCCUGCUGUUGUUAGUGUUUUCAUGUUUGAAGCUGAGGGAGAUGGAGUUUCCAUUGGAAAUUUGGCUUGGCCUCUGGCAAACACUGUUGUUUUUGGGGUGCUUCUGAGUGAAAGCUAUGGUGAUGACAAGUCAGUGAGUUCUAAAGAUUUCCGGAAAGAGUAUUUGGUUACAUUUUUAUGCACUCUUGUUUUGGAGUUGUUUUAUUUUCCUGAACUAUCACUUUGGGGACUUUUGCUCUGUGGUUUGUUACUAUAUGUUGCUGUUAGGGAAUUGGAUCCUUAUUACUCAAAUUAUCUUGAACUGGGGAUGGACUCUUCUGAAUCAUUUACUACUGCCAUUAUGAAGCCUAUUAGACACAUUUUGAGUGAGAGGAAGUCUCGCAAGAUUGCACUUUUCCUUCUGAUCAAUACUGCAUACAUGUUUGUGGAAUUUGCUGCUGGGUUCAUGAGUAAUAGUCUAGGGCUGAUAUCAGAUGCCUGUCACAUGUUGUUUGAUUGUGCUGCCCUGGCAAUUGGGCUAUAUGCUUCGUAUAUUUCACGUUUGCCUGCGAAUCAUCAGUUUAAUUAUGGUCGUGGGAGAUUUGAGGUUCUUUCAGGAUAUACUAAUGCUGUUUUCCUGGUGUUGGUUGGAGCAUUAAUAGUGUUGGAGUCGUUUGAGAGGAUUUUGGACCCUCAGGAGAUAUCAACUAGCAGUUUAUUAGUUGUUUCAAUUGGAGGUCUUCUUGUCAAUGUGGUUGGCUUAGUCUUCUUUCACGAGGAGCAUCAUCAUGCUCAUGGUGGAUCUGGAUCAUGUUCCCACUCCCACCAUCACCAGCAUUCGCAUGAAUCUGUUGGACACGAUCAUGGAGGUCAUGGGAAGCAUGAGGAGUCUAUACCUAUUUCCAUUGAAUGCCAUGAAAAUUCAUGUUCCGGCCAUGAUGACCAUCAUGAACACCAACAUGGCAGUUAUAUCGAUUCUAAAGACCACAAUUUCGGGAGCAAUGAGUGCCAUGAUCACAAUGGCCACAGUCACCAGCACGACCACCAUGGACACAGUCACCAGCACGACCACCAUGGCCAGAGUCACCAGCACAACCACUAUGGCCAGAGUCACCAGCACGACCACAUUGGCCAGAGUCACCAGCACGACCACAUUGGCCACAGUCACCAGCACGACCACCAUGGCCACAGUCACCAGCACGAUCAGCACGAUUACGCCCGCCAGCACGAACACCAUGACCACUCCUGCCAGCACGAACACCAUGACCAUGCCCACCAGCAUACUCAUUCUUCUGAAGGCAAUAAAGUGGCGGAAUCUCACAUUCGAGGGGCAGGUUUUCAGCUGAAAGAACUGUCAACUGAUGGAGAAAAAACAGCUAAGCAUCAGCACCACCACAUUGACCACAACAUGGAAGGAAUAUUUUUGCAUGUUUUGGCUGACACCUUGGGAAGUGUCGGAGUUGUUAUAUCAACUCUCUUGAUUAAGUACAAGGGAUGGCUUGUUGCUGAUCCUGCCUGCUCGAUAUUUAUUUCUGUCUUGAUUAUAUCUUCAGUUAUCCCAUUGCUGAGAAACUCAGCAGAAAUCUUGCUCCAAAGAGUUCCCAGAGCACAUGAGCAGGAUAUGAGAAAAGCUCUUAUUGAUGUUAGGAAGAUACGGGGGAUUUCUGGCAUUCGAAACUUGCAUGUAUGGAGCUUCACCAACUCAGAAGUAGUGGGGACUCUCCAUCUUCAUGUUUCAACAGACAUUGAUAAGGCUUCUGCAAAGGCACAGGUGUCACAUGUACUGUACGAAGCUGGAAUCAAGGAUUUAACAUUGCAGUUGGAAUGUGUUGGACAAUAGCUUUAUAACUUUUGAUGAUUUUCUUCACCUUGACAGAACUAACAGUGAGAGAGUAGGCCAUUUGUUGUGGACUCAAAGUGAUUUUCUGAAAAUUGGCUGAUAAACUCCUUCAGUGAGCCUGUUGGGGAUUACAAAUGGGUCCUGCAGCGCUUCUUUUGUCAUCGUUCUGGAACUCUUCAUGUACAUCUUGAAGCUCAGAAAAACAUGAGAUGGAUGUUACCAAAGGUUAACAGCAUUAUGAUACCAAUGGUUAACAGGAUUAUGAUACCAAUCUUCUCUGCUUGGAGAUCAGCAUGCAUCGCAUUGAUAGUUCUUGUUUGUGUUUCGUGUUAAUUGUGUUUGUGUGGGCAUGUAAAGAAACAUGCAAAGGGAUUGGAUGUGUAACUUUUUUUGGCAGGCAAUGUAUGUAGUUUGUGGUUCAUAUCCAUGAAUCAUUUGGAUUUUCUUUUUCGUUGGUUAAAAGCACGAUUUAAAGAUGUAUCACCUGCUGGUAUAAUAAUCUACCAGGACGUGGAAAUUCACAGAA